CCCCAAAAAAGAACAGAUUCCAAAAAUGCUUGGGUUUUUUUGGGGUGUGGAGCUACAACAUUUGAAUGGUAUCUCCUUUCCUGAAGGCGAAAUGAAUCGAAAUCUCGUAAAUCAGGAUGCACGUUGGCACCCAGUGGCCGGAGAUGCUUGGCGUGCUUCACGCCGAUGCUAAUUGUGUGGUCUGAGUGUGAAGUAUGAGCUUGUCCAGCAUAUGAAGCCUCGUGCGCCGCCGGCAUGCUCAGAUGUGAGCAUGGCAGGCGAAUGCGCGCGGCUGCCAAACGGAAAGUAGGUCCCAGUUACUCUUCGCGUGCGCUUCAAGUCUGACGGCCAGAGAGAGAGCGAGAGAGAGAGAGAGAGAAAGAAAAAGCGGAGCGAUGGCACCGAGGAGGAUGGAAACCAAACCGCUCAUUGUUUGCGUGAAGAUCCUGCUACUCUUCUACUCGUUCAUCUUCUGGGUGACAGGUGUGGUCCUGCUCGCGGUGGGUUUGUGGUGGAGGUUCAUGUUGAGUCCUUACACGCUGUUGAUCUCCAGCGCACCGUCCAACGCUCCCUUCGUCCUCACCGGCACCGGCGUUGCCAUCGUGCUCUUCGGCCUCUUCGGCUGCUUCGCCACAUGCAGGGGGAACCCUUGGAUGCUCAAACUGUACGCCGUCUUUCUGGCUUUGGUCUUCCUGAUUGAGCUCAUCGCUGGAAUCUCCGGCUUCAUCUUCCGCCACGAGAUCAAAGGCACGUUCCUCACCACGUACAGCGAGGCUGUGCUGAGAUACGACGGACGGAGCGACAGGAGCGUGGCUGUGGACGACGUCCAGCGUAAAUUGCAAUGCUGCGGUGUUCAUAACUACACCACCUGGUUCGCCAGCGACUACUUUGCAACCGGGGGCAUCCCAGUCAGCUGCUGCGUUACUUUCUCCGACUGCAAAGAGGGAGACCUGAAGAACGCCACUGUGGCGGCGCGCAAAGUCCACAAGCAGGGCUGUUAUGAGCUGGUGACGUCCUUCAUCGAGAGCAACAUGGGAAUCGUCGCUGGGGUCACCUUCGGGAUCGCCUUUUCUCAGCUCGUCGGCAUGUUGUUGGCCUGCUGUCUGUCUCACUUCAUCAACACGAACCAAUACGAGAUGGUCUGAAGAAGUUAAGAUGUUUCACCCUGGAAACCUGUGGAAUCACGUACGACAGUUUGUAGAACACAGAUGGGGUCAAGUUGAGGGAACGAGCUGAUUGUUGACUCUUUUGCCAAGGCCAAGGAAUUCACCUUACAUUUUAACGACAACAAAUGUUUUCGGAGUGCCAUGAGUGCAAAUCUGAAAGUCGUGCUAUUUCGCAACAGAGUUAUAGUAACGUUAAUUUACCGUGCAAUGGACUCCAUUUUAGUGUGGGAUCAACAUGAAGUUUCUUAAAGUCAUUCUUAGUUUUUGUUUUAACUGUGAGCUAAGAUCUGGUUCAGUUAUGUCUCACAUAACUGCGGAGCCAACAUUGACACGCGGGGUCAGGGUUUAGGCUGACUUGCAAACUGACUGACUCUACUGUCGGAUAAAUUAAGGACCAAAACAGUCUAUGACAAGAAUGGGUGUAUUUUUUUUAAGACCCCAUUUGGUAUAGAAUGUUGGCAUACAGCUGUCUACUACAAAUUGAAUCUGGCACUUGAUGUCAAUAAAGAACCAUUUGUUCAUCAA